GCCAGUUUCGCGGUCACUCCCGAACGGAGCAUUCCUCAGUUUAAAGUCACCGCCCCUCCCCCAAAAUGGUAAAGAGUUGCCUGAUCUUGUGCUUCUUCGCUCUCCUGGUCAUCCAGGCCCGGAGUGAUCUAGCCGAUGACCAAGAGCACGCCCAACAUCCCCGUCUGCAAACAUCACGCGACUUCGAGGCCCUCGACGAGGAGCUGGACACACGAUUCUGGCACGAUAAGGCCCAAUCGAUUCUCGCCGAUAAGCUGGCCGGCCAUAGGAAACUCAACGAUAAUCGCGCCAAGAACGUGAUCCUAUUUUUGGGCGAUGGCAUGUCCGUCCACACGAUCACGGCCACACGUGCAUUCAUGGGCGAUAGCAACAAGCAGGUCUUCUUCGAGAAGUUCCCCUACUUGGGUCUGUCCAAGACGUAUGCCGUCAAUGAGCGUACUCCGGACUCGGCCAACACUGCUACGGCCUAUUUGACCGGAGUCAAGGCCAACUAUGGCACCAUUGGAGUCAAUGCACAGGUGCAGAGGGGCGACUGUGGGACCAAUUCGAGUAGCCAUGUCCAGAGCAUUGGUCAGUGGGCCCAGGAGGCCGGUAAGUGGGCCGGAGUGGUUACCACCGCCCGGGUGACCCACGCUUCUCCAGCCGGAGUUUAUGCCCAUGUUGCGGAGCGAAAUUGGGAGCACGAUGGUGAGAUCAUCAGCUCAAAAUGCAGUCCCGACGUCAACACCGAUAUUGCCCGGCAGCUGGUGGAAUGGCCAGUGGGUCAGGAACUGCGCGUCAUCAUGGGCGGCGGUCGAUCCUAUUUCCGGGAUCAGUCCCAGCACGAUGAGACUGGCGUUUCGGGGCUGCGAACCGAUGGACGCGAUCUGAUCAGCGAUUGGCGAGAGAUCAAGAAACAGCAGGGAGCAGAGGGCAAGUACGUCUGGUCACUUAAGGGCCUGAAGGAAACGGAUCUCAGCAAGACGGAUUACCUUCUCGGCCUCUUCGACACCUCCCACCUGCCCUACCAUGGCGAUCGUCGACGAACCCAUUAUGAAGAUGCAGAGCCAUCCCUUUCCGACAUGACAGAGGCUGCCAUCAAGAUGCUCAGCAAGAACGAGGAGGGUUACUUCCUGUUCGUGGAGAGUGGACGCAUCGAUAUGGCCCAUCACGCCACCAAGGCGAAGAAGGCUUUGGAGGACACCGAAGAAUUCGCGGCAGCCGUGGAACUGGCUAGGAAAAUGACCGACGAGGAGGACACGCUGAUUGUGGUGACUUCGGAUCACUCGCACACCAUGUCCAUCAACGGCUAUCCGUACCGUCGACAGAACAUCCUUUCCCUUGCUCCCAAUCUGGCUGAUGAUGAGCUGCCCUUUACCGUCUUGUCCUAUGCCAAUGGUCCGGGAUUUGCUGAUACCUACAGCACUAAAGAUGGACGCAUUGAUCUUUCCCAUGCGGACACCACGAGCGCGGAGUUUGAGUUCCAGGCCACGGUUCCCUUGAGCAGCGAAACCCAUGGCGCCGAGGAUGUAGGUGUCUUUGCAUCUGGUCCCUUCGAGCACCUGUUCACCGGCAAUUACGAGCAGAGUUCCAUUCCAGCCAUGAUGGCUUAUGCCGCCAACAUUGGACCAUUUGCCAAGGACAAGAUUAAUGAGGAAUAAAGUCCCAACUUCAGUCGCAUACUCAUAAGGAAUACUCAGUAAAUAGUUAAGGGGAAAUAAAAAAUGUUAUGUUUUUUUUCUGGUCAGUUAAAUAUACAAAAA